AUGGAGAAGGAGACGUUGCAUCGAGAUCUACAGCAAAGAGAAGAUAGCAGGCUAGAAAUGCAAGUCAGGAUAACCGAGCUAAAUGAGGACUUGCAAAGCCUUCGCAAAGAGAACAGAACGAAAGAGAAGACCAUUGAAAGUCUGAAGAAGGAAAGCGAGCAGAAGACCUCCAAGAUCAGCGACUUAGAGGACGAGUUACAAGUCCUUGUCGCUGAGAAACAGAUGGCCCAAGAAAAUGUGAAACAGCUCCACAAAUGUAAAGCCGAAUUAGUUGAGAAAAAGGAGGAACUGGAAAAGCUGAAAGAGGAGAACUUGCAGAAAGAUAGAGAGCUCCUCCGACUGGAAAAUGAGUGCACCCUCAAGCAAAUGGAAGUCAUCCGUUUGCAGAAAGCAUCUCAAACUGUUGUAGCAGAAAACCCGACGGCAAAUGGAAAGCUGAAUGAAAUAAGAAGAAGGAAAGUUCAACUUGAAUUUGAAUUGGCUGAAGCGAAGGAGGAAUUAGAGACGAAGAGUUUUGAAAAGAUGGAGGCAAUCUUGGAAACUCGAAAGCCUCCAGGAGGAGACCUUGGCCAAGGACACGAAGAUCAGAGGCUUGGAAACUAA